CCAAGCUUACCUAACGCUACUGUCGAACUUUCACCUGCUUCAUGUAUGUAUUGGUCAAAAGCAUCGAUCCAUGGAACUAAAUUAAUUAAACCAUUAAGAGCUCAUACAUCUACACUUGUGAAUGAUUCGAUAUGGAUCUUUGGAGGAACAGAUUUAGUAGGAUGUUUUAAAGAUGUUUGGAAAUUAGAUUUAGAAACCUUAAGUUUCAAUAAAUUAAAGUACCAUCUUCCUCCUCCUUGUAGGGCUCAUUCGGCUACCCAUCUAGACGGUCGGAUCUUUAUCUUUGGUGGUGGUGAUGGACCUAAUUACUUUGAUGAUCUCUAUUACCUAGACACAGGUAAGCGAUCUGUUUCCAAAUCCUCUGAACCAAACCUCAUAGCUCACCUUUUCUUUUUACCAUCGACCCGAAGAGCUCAUGCUACUGUUCUCUAUGGAAACCAAUUGAUCAUCUUUGGUGGAGGAAACGGAUCGAGAGCGUUGAAUGAUGUUCAUGCACUCGAUCUAACCGAUCUGAACCAAUUAGAAUGGAGAGAAUUAGGUAUCAAAGGUCAAUCUCCUUUAAACAGAGGAUAUCAUAGUGCUAAUCUGGUAGGUAGUAAGUGUGUGAUCUUUGGUGGAAGUGAUGGUGGGGAAUGUUUUAGUGAUAUUCAUAUUUUGGAUUUAGAAAAUCUUACUUGGAUUCAAGUCGAUGUAGAUUUACCUAUGCCAAGAUUAGCACAUACAUCAACUCAAGUUGGAUCUUACUUAUUCAUCAUCGGAGGUCAUGAUGGGGAAGACUAUACCUCAGAAGUGAAAUUAUUCAACCUAGUUACAUUACAAUGGGAACCUAGAACGGUUAAAGGUCAAGCACCUCCUCGGAUUGGCUAUCAUACUACUACACUUCAUGAUUCGAGAUUGAUCGUUAUUGGGGGGUUUGAUGGUCGUCAAGUCUUUGAUCAGGUUUGGUGUUUGGAAUUGGCUUCUUCGGCUUAUUUACCUCAGGUUACGAAUUUUACGAUU